AUUUUAUUUAAGAAAAAAAAUGUCUACUACAACUUCUUUGAAUGAACGUCCUUUGAAAAGACGGAGAAUUGAAGAGUCAAGUAUAACAACAACAGUGUCAACAUCAAGACUUUCCAUGAUUCAUCAACAUCUUCAAUUCUUGACUACACCAGAUGCACCUAUUAUUUUUUCAAGGGGUUAUCAAACGUCUAUCACAGGCAAAUCAAAGAUAGUGGCUCAAAGGGUCAUAAACUACAGUCUUGAAGCUUUCAAUUGGUAUAAAAUCAACCCGAUUGCUCUUAUCAUUUGCACCAAUACGUUAUCGGAUUGUGUAGCAAAGGAUGUAGAUACCAGUGAGUUUCCUGCUUGCUGCGAGUAUCCCUCUACAGUGCAAGCAUUAGAGGCUCAAGAUCAGGAACAUACCAAAAUAUUGGAACUUCUUGACAAAAAUGCAUCAUCCAAAGAAGUGGCCAAAGCCAUCAAGACCUUACAAUCUCAAAACCAUGCCAUAGAAAGGAAGUUCAAUGAUAUUAAUGUCAGCCCCUCAUCUAUCUCUACAAAGACAACGGCAGACACGACCAAUACUGAAAAUAGUAACGUUCCGUCAGAAUUGGUCAUUUCAUCAUACGAACGUGGUAUGAUAUUCGUUGAAAAUUUUAAGAAGGCGAGAAUGCUAAACGGGCUUAAACAUCGGAGACAUGAGGGACUCGAAUGA